CUUCUGUCGGCCUCAUUAAAUAACGAUGACGCCCAGCAAUAAAGACACGGAACAUCCUGAAUUCGACUCUCGUGGGCAAUGGAUUAUGGCUGGAGCAAUACUAGCUUAUGCGCUUACUUUUUUCGUUGUGAUCCUACUGCGUCACAUUGUCUUCACGUUUUCAGUGUACUCCUUGUGUAACUUGUUUAUACAACUGGCACAAUACGUUCGCGAGUUCCGCAACCUGACGACCAGCCGUCUCGUGGGCGGCGAAGAUGGGGGUUUAGGAGGCCAGCUAGUGACCACAUCUCCAAGGCCGGGUCAUGACGCCACAAUUAUUAAUGGAUCGAUGUCUACGGUGGUCGAUCUUCAAUGCCAAUACAACGGACACAAUAUGUACAAUGUAACCGACGGGACCAAUAUACCAGGUGUUUUGCUGAAAUCUACGAAUGAAGUAGUCGGUUAAAAAUAGUGUUUUUUCUAUCUCGAUAUCACUGUCAUACUUAUAGCUAGCUGAUUUGUUGAUUAAUAAAUCCGCUGUUUGUGAUGGGUACGAUUCCCACCUCUAAUACCCUUAAUGCACUGUCCGCGCAUACCUAUUCCUAGGAAGGGUCGUACGCGAAACCCAAAGCAUCAUGGAUUUAUCAUGAGAUAAUUUAACGAUACUGUAAAUAAAAGGCCAGUUUUGCUGUUUGCGAACCCAUCAUUAUGAACCUAAGCAAUUUUAUGUCCCACAUUUAUUAUUAUGUUUGAAGCACGUGCGUGAAUUGCUGAAUAAAUGAAUGUCAAGUUCCUGUUCUUAAAUAAUAAAGAGCGUGCAUAUUAAAAGUACGUAUGACAGAUGGAUAGUUGA